GAGGGCAUGAUGGCAGAGCAACCGGAGUUGGAUCGCAACAUGCGGGGAACGACAGUGGCACUGUGUUCCAGACUCGACUCCGGCUCCCUCGUCUCUCUCUGCCCUAAUGCCACUGUCGGCCAUGGAAAUGUUGGGUAAGAAGGAUGAAAAGGAAGGAGCACGACUUAUAGCGCAAGGCAGGCAGACUCCCUCUCAACAGCCGCAAUCAUCAUGUUCUUCCCAUUGGCCCUUUUGGUCCUAGCCCAUCAAGUCGCGAGCAACCAGACAUGCCGCUGCAUCCCCGGCGAUGCAUGCUGGCCGAGCGGCUACGAAUGGGCGCGCUUCAACGCCAGCAUCGGGGGCAAGCUUGUCGCCUCGCAGCAGCUCGCGUCGGUCUGCCACGACCCCACCUACGACGCGGCGCAGUGCAACUACAUGCGCCAGAACUGGAUCCAGCCUUGGCUGCAUGAUGCUUCGUCGUCGUCGAUCAUGGCGGCGGCCGUCGCGAACGAGAGCUGCGACGCAUUUACGCCGCGGGCGCAGCCCUGCGUGGCGGGCAGCACCGUGGCGUACGCGGUGAAGGCGUCGGACGCGUCCGACAUUGCGCAGACCAUCUCUUUCGCGCGCAGCAAGAACGUCCGGCUGGUUGUCCGCAACACUGGGCACGACUACAUGGGCAAGUCGACGGGCGCGGGGGCGCUCGCGGUGUGGACGCACCACAUGAAGAAGACUGAGGCGGUCUGGUACAACAGCACGCAUUACAGCGGGCGGGCGAUCAGGCUCGGGGCCGGGGUGCAGGUGGAAGAGGCGUACGAGGCGGCCGGACGGGCUCGGGCGGUCGUGGUGGGCGGAGACUGCGACACAGUGGGCGUGACGGGCGGGUACCUGCAGGGCGGCGGGCACAGCGCGCUAAGCUCGCUGCACGGCAUGGCCGCAGACGCCAUCCUGGAGUGGGAAGUCGUCGACGGGCGCGGCCGCUUGCUCACCGCGACGCGCCACCACCACCGCGACCUGUACUGGGCCCUCUCGGGCGGCGGCGGCGGCACGUACGGCGUGGCCGUGUCGGUCGUGGUGAAGGCGCAUGCCGACACGCCCGUAGCGGGAGCCCAGCUGCGCUUUGGCUCCGUCGACGCGCCCGCGUUUGACGCCGCAGUGGCCAAGUACCACGACCACCUGCUGCCCGCCCUGACGGCUGCCAACGGCACCGCCAUCGCCCAGAUAACAAGCUCGACGUUUCUGCUGAGCCCGCUGACGCUUCCGGGCGCGACCAACGGGACGGCACACACGCUGCUAACACCGCUGCUAAACCACCUGGACGCGGCAAACAUCCCCUACGACCUCAACCUCACCCACUCGGCCUCGUGGAUCGACCACUGGCGCCGUCUGAUCAAGCCCAACCCCACCCAGCGCGUGCAAAACGCCCAGUACGGCGGCUGGCUGGUGCCGCGCGACGUGCACCCCGCUGACCUGCGCCGCCAAGUGCGCACCAUCACCGACGCCGGCUGCGUCUUUGUCGCCAUCGCCCUGGACGCUUCCCGCAACCAUGCCGAAAACGCCGUGCUGCCCGCGUGGCGCACGGCGGCCAUGAACGUCAUCCUAUCAACGCCCUGGCCGCUGGCCGCCGACCUUGCGCAGAUGAAGGCCCGCGCCGACCUCAUGACCAAGACGUGCGUGCCGGCCCUAGCGCGCCUCGCUCCCGACGCCGGCGCCUAUCUGAACGAGGCCGAUCCGAACCAGCCCGACUGGAAGCGCGCCUUUUACGGCGCCAACUACGACCGCCUGCUGCGCGUCAAGCGCGCGUACGACCCGCACGACGUCUUUUACGCCCAUACCGCCGUGGGCAGCGACGCCUAUCAUCUCGAUGCCGACGGCCGCCUUUGCAGAAGCUUGUAGUUAGUACAUAGGAGGUGGAGGGGAAUAUGAAGAAUAAUGAGAUUUGUACACUCGGGUUUCACCAUGGGCUUCUACUCC